CUCUUCUCUCCGUCGCUCUAUCAACGGAAACUCAUUAAAAACUGAUAUCCGAUACAGAUUUUCUGCAAUUUUUAUAUCCAAAUCUUCCUAUAUUCUCUCCCACACUACUCUCUCUGUCAGCAGAUUACAAUUAUUUAUCAGCCCACACACACACAUACAUGUAUACGACGUCUAAUUUGGUAUAAUCAGUAUAUAGUAGGUGGCAGGUGAUGGAUACUCUACCUACAACCACCUCAACUUCAUCGAAAUCUGAUCGGCGAUGGAGAUCCAAGCCUUUACAGAGCUCCAAAUCCUCCAUUUUCAUGGCCUUCUUCUCUUGCGUCGCUUGGCUUUACGUUGCCGGACGAUUGUGGCAAGAUGCGGAAAACAGAACGUUACUAUCUAAUCUUCUUAAGUUGAAUGCAGCUCAGAGACCUAAGGUUCUUACCGUUGAAGAUAAGCUAACUGUUUUAGGAUGCAAAGAUCUGGAGAGGAGGAUUGUCGAGGCUGAAAUGGAAAUGACAUUGGCAAAAAGUCAAGGUUAUCUCAAGCAUCAGUUACCUCAUUCUUCAAGUAAAAAGCUUCUAGCGGUUAUUGGAGUGUAUACUGGAUUUGGCAGUCGGUUAAAGCGAAAUGUGUUUAGAGGGUCGUGGAUGCCUAGAGGUGAUGCUUUGAAAAAACUCGAGGAAAGAGGAGUAGUGAUACGUUUUGUAAUUGGCCGAAGUGCUAAUCGAGGUGAUAGCUUAGAUCGUAAUAUUGAUGAGGAAAACAGCUCAACAAAGGAUUUUUUAAUACUUGAUGGUCAUGAGGAGGCACAAGAAGAAUUUCCGAAGAAAGCAAAAUUCUUCUUUAGCACUGCAGUACAAAAUUGGGAUGCAGAAUUUUACGUGAAAGUUGAUGACAAUAUAAAUCUGGAUCUUGAGAGCUUAAUUGAACUUCUUGAACGUCGCCGCGGUCAAGAUAGUGCUUAUAUUGGGUGCAUGAAGUCAGGAGAUGUGGUAACUGAAGAGGGACAGCAAUGGUAUGAGCCUGACUGGUGGAAAUUCGGGGAUGAGAAAUCAUAUUUCCGACAUGCAUCUGGUGCACUUCUCAUACUCUCAAAAAAUCUGGCCCAGUAUAUCAACAUAAACAGUGCAUCUCUAAAGAUGUAUGCUCACGACGAUAUAUCUGUGGGAUCUUGGAUGAUGGGUCUUCAAGCAACCUAUAUAGACGAUAAUCGUUUAUGCUGCAGCAGCAUUAAACAAGAUAAAGUCUGCUCUGUAGCAUGAUGAGAGACGAGGACAGAAACAUUUACCUUGCUGUUUGAGAUCAACGGGGUGGGAAUUUAUACAUUGAGUUCACAAUGUACAGUAGAGUGCGCAUUCAGUAGGAUCAGUAGAUGAUUCUUUUAGAUUCUUAGACGGUUGGCCGCAAUAAUUUUUUUUAGGAUAUACACAGUCUAAACACACGGUGAACUCCAAGUAUGUGGCUUGUAACUGCUUUGAUAAAUGUACAAGCUAAAUAUGAUAUCUUUUUCCUAUAUAUUCCGAGCCUUAUGUUUGUGAUA